AAUAGAAGGGACUGGGGAAGGGAGUUAUCGAUGAUCUGUUGGGACUCACCACUGUGACACACUACACUUGGGUUGGGCAGGCAUUACUGUCAUAUCUCUCUCUCUCUCUCUCUCUCUCUCUCUCGCUAUGGUUGCUUCAUUCAUCAUCGAAUCUCUUUGGCAGUACUUGAUCACAAAUUUCAGUGACUUUCAAUUGGCGUGUUUGGGGAGUUUCUUUAUUCAUGAAAGCGUUUUCUUUUUAUCUGGACUACCUUUUAUAUGGCUUGAGAGGGCCGGAUGUCUGUCAAAGUACAAAAUUCAGGCAAAAACUAACAGCCCUGCAUCUGAGGAGAGAUGUAUUAUUCGCUUGUUGAUGUAUCAUUUUGGAGUAAAUCUACCUCUGAUGAUUUUUUCAUAUCCUGUCUUCAGAUACAUGGGCAUGCGAAGUAGUCUUCCUCUGCCGUCCUGGAGAGUAGUUCUAACGCAAAUAAUAUUUUACUUCAUUUUGGAGGACUUUGUAUUCUAUUGGGGACAUAGGAUACUGCACACAAAAUGGUUGUACAAACACGUACAUAGUGUCCAUCAUGAGUAUGCUACACCAUUUGGACUUACUUCUGAAUAUGCUCAUCCUGCUGAGAUACUUUUCCUCGGUUUUGCUACCAUUCUUGGUCCUGCUGUCACUGGACCACACUUGAUUACUCUCUGGCUAUGGAUGGUUCUUAGAGUCCUUGAGACGGUUGAGGCACAUUGCGGUUACCAUUUCCCAUGGAGUCCAUCAAACUUCUUACCUCUUUAUGGAGGAGCUGACUUUCAUGACUAUCAUCACCGUUUGUUGUACACUAAGUCUGGAAACUAUUCAUCAACCUUUACAUACAUGGAUUGGGUAUUUGGAACUGAUAUAGGAUACAGAAAGUUGAAAGCAUUAAAGAACGCUGAAGUUGAAUACAGUAGCGAACAAAAGAAACAUUGAUGGAAUGGAAUAAAUUGUGAAUAUUUAGAACCAUUGAAAAAGUUGAUUUCCAAACUUGAGGGAAAAUUUGAAAAUUGUCUUCUUCUGUGUUUUGGUUCUGGACAUGCAUGCCAUGUAAUUUAGAAAAGUUUAGUGAAAGUGGUUGCUUUUGGGAUGGUUUCUUCCCCUAUUCCACCAUCUAUUUUGUUGAUUCCAAUUCUUUCUUGGCAAACAUUGGCUAUUGUUGGAUGUAAACCAGUUUAAUGAAAUGAAAUGAAAGAGACGAUUUGUUCUG